CGACCGGAUGGCAACUUUAAGACCCAGUGCCCACCCAGGUGGUGGUUGUGAUCCUGUAAAAGGUAUUCUCCCUCUCCCCACCCCUCUUUCCAAACUGCCCGUCUGUUUGGAGUAGUGGGGCUGAACAUUCCGCUCCUAGCCCAGGAAGACUUCGGGUGUCUGAGAGGCACCCCUCUUUCUGCUCUCUCCCUCCGGGGUCCUUGGAAUGGAUGGCAUGUCUCAGGUCUCCUCUCAUGGAUCUAUGCAUUCCAUCGCCAGCAGUCUGGUGUCCCAGGUCUGGCGCUUCCUGGGCUGUGGACAUGAAGAGGUUACUCCAGCCCUGGAGCCUGCUGGGCUGAGUUAGCACUUCCCCUCCACAUUCAGGAGCUCUCCAAGCAACAGCCCGUUUUGCAUCACGGAAAGGGGGUAGCAAAGCGGGCUAGGGACACCCGCUGCAGUAAGUCGCAUGCAGCAGGAGCUCUGUCAGCAUGUGUUGUUCCGCGGCAUCCCACUGCCAGGCCAGGUUGCGGAGAACUGAACGGCAAAGGCAUCUGGGGAAGUGAAGGAUGAGCCAGCGACGACGGUGGCCCCCAGCUGCAGAGCGCCCGCUCAAGCUGCAGCGCACACCUCUUGCUAUCUUCCCAGGCUGCAGCGGUCCCUGGGACCCAGAAGACCCUGGAGCCGCGGAGAUCUAGUCAGCACUCAGGAGCCCAGGACUGCCGCCUGUGAGGCCAGCUCCCCAGGGAGCCUGGGCAGCGUUUUGCUUGUAACUGGUUGCUGGGACGCAGCCGAACUGGAGCCCUCUUUAGCCAGCGUGGCCCAGGGCUGAGCAGCAAUUUGUCUCUUCUGGAGUCACAGGAGAGGCCCAUCCAUAUCCAGGCACCUUUUCUGAACAGAGGAAGGAACUCUAGUCGGGGCACCUUAGAUUGGGCUCUACAGCUAAGGCUUGCAGCUCCCCAGGCUUGCAGAACCUUCAGGCUAUCACCAUUUCUCACCUAGCUGGGGUUUGAGAAAAAACUGCAAGAAACAGAGCAGAGGGCUGAGGGCAAGACGCCUUGCAAACUUUGGAGGUGGGGACAUUGUUUUUGAAGGGGACAAGUGGCCCCAAAUCUGCUACUGCUCUUGGGAUUGUGAUAAAUCCUGCUGCUGGGACACCAAGCAUCCAUCACAGCCACAAGACCAACAGCAAGGAUCUACGGCCAUGGAGACCGUGCUGACAGCGUCCAGUUCCCCCACGGGCCGGGUAACCUUCUCCCGUGUCUUCGGCCAGCAAUGCCAGCUGAUGGAAGCAGUUCAAUUCCAUCCCUUUCGGUUCUGUUCUCAGCUGGCUUUUGGUGUUCCACUCCGUAUACCAAACUGGUACAGUAGUAACCUGUUAUUAUUAAUAAAUGGCUCGACGGGCAGGAUGCAAGCGAAUUGUAUUCGUGUGCCUGCAGUACUGUGCAAAUUCCCUAGUCCCGAGAACUGCAUCCAUCAGCAGCUGUGCAGUCACUGCACACCCUAAAUGACCAGAUUUCCCAUUUCAUUGUCACCAAGUCGAAGGCACUGGAGGAAGACGAUGACCCUUUUCUACCCACCGAGAAAGAGACACUGAAGAACUCUAUGAUACUGAUGAGACACCUCCUAAUGGAUGCCCAGGCCAAAAUCCUGAGCAUGAUGGAAGACAAUAAGCAGCUCGCGCUCCGCAUCGAUGGGGCGGUCCAGUCGGCCAGCCAGGAGGUGACCAACCUGAGAGCCGAGCUCACGGCCACCAACCGGAGACUGGCGGAAUUGAGCGGUGGAGGCGGUGGCUCCGGCUCGGGCCCGGGAGCUGCGACCAGCGCCUCGGCAGCAGCGGUGACGGUGGCUGACUCGGCGGCGACGACCAUGGAGAACCAUCAGCACAGCGCGCAAGUGCUCCUGCGGGAGGAAGUGGUCCAGCUUCAGGAGGAAGUGCACCUUCUCCGGCAGAUGAAGGAGAUGCUGGCCAAGGACCUGGAGGAGUCACAGGGCGGCAAGUGCUCCGAGGUCCUCUCAGCCACAGAGCUUCGGGUGCAGCUGGUACAGAAGGAGCAGGAGCUGGCCAGGGCCAAAGAAGCCUUGCAAGCCAUGAAAGCCGACCGGAAGCGCUUAAAGGGCGAGAAGACCGACUUGGUGAGCCAGAUGCAGCAGCUGUACGCCACCCUGGAGAGCCGCGAGGAGCAGCUGCGAGACUUCAUCCGCAACUACGAGCAGCAUCGCAAGGAGAGUGAGGACGCCGUCAAAGCGCUGGCUAAGGAGAAGGACCUGCUUGAGCGAGAGAAGUGGGAGCUGCGACGGCAGGCCAAGGAGGCCACGGACCACGCCGCGGCUCUGCGCUCCCAGCUGGACCUCAAGGACAACCGCAUGAAGGAACUGGAGGCCGAGCUAGCCAUGGCCAAGCAGUCCUUAGCCACACUGACCAAGGAUGUUCCGAAGCGGCAUUCACUCGCCAUGCCCGGCGAGACGGUGCUCAACGGCAACCAGGAAUGGGUGGUUCAGGCUGACCUCCCGCUGACGGCUGCCAUCCGCCAGAGCCAGCAGACGCUCUACCACUCCCACCCUCCCCACCCUGCAGACCGGCAAGCGGUCAGGGUGAGCCCCUGCCACUCACGGCAGCCCUCCGUCAUCUCCGACGCCUCUGCUGCUGAAGGGGACCGGUCAUCCACACCGAGCGACAUCAACUCUCCACGACACCGGACGCACUCCCUCUGCAACGGCGACAGUCCCGGCCCGGUUCAGAAGAGCCUGCACAGUCCUAUUGUACAGUCACUAGAGGAUCUUGAAGACCAAAAACGGAAAAAGAAGAAAGAGAAGAUGGGAUUCGGCUCCAUCUCUCGAGUCUUCGCCAGAGGGAAGCAACGGAAGUCCCUCGACCCGGGCCUCUUUGAUGACUCCGACAGCCAGUGCAGCCCCACACGGCACAGCCUCAGCCUGUCCGAGGGCGAGGAGCAGAUGGACCGGCUACAGCACGUGGAGCUGGUGAGGACCACGCCCAUGUCCCACUGGAAGGCUGGCACAGUGCAGGCCUGGCUGGAGGUGGUGAUGGCCAUGCCUAUGUACGUCAAGGCCUGUGCAGAGAAUGUCAAGAGUGGGAAGGUGCUUCUCAGCCUGAGUGAUGAGGACCUGGAGUUGGGCCUGGGUGUGUGCAGCUCCUUGCACAGGCGCAAGCUCCGCCUGGCCAUCGAGGACUACCGUGACGCCGAGGCUGGCCGCAGCCUGUCCAAAGCAGCCGACCUGGACCAUCACUGGGUGGCCAAGGCCUGGCUGAACGACAUCGGCCUAUCCCAGUAUUCCCAGGCCUUCCAGAACCACCUGGUCGACGGGAGGAUGCUGAAUUCCCUGAUGAAGCGGGACCUGGAGAAGCACCUGAACGUCUCCAAGAAGUUCCACCAAGUCAGCAUCCUGCUGGGGAUUGAGCUGCUGUACCAAGUGAACUUCAGCAGGGAGGUCCUCCAGGAGCGCCGAGCCCGCUGUGAAACGCAGAACACAGACCCUGUGGUCUGGACCAACCAGCGGGUGCUCAAGUGGGUACGGGAUAUCGACCUGAAGGAGUAUGCAGACAACUUGACUAACAGCGGUGUUCACGGUGCUGUGCUGGUGUUGGAGCCCACGUUCAAUGCCGAGGCCAUGGCCACCGCCCUAGGCAUCCCCAGCGGGAAGCACAUCCUCCGGAGACACCUGGCAGAGGAAAUGAGCAUCAUCUUCCAUCCGAACAACAUGAAGAUUAAGAGAAAAAGAGGUGCUGUGGAAGGAAGUAAGACAUACUCAAGGGGAGCUGGAGAGAUGGCUCCGUGGGUAAGAGCGCAGUCUGCUCUUCUCAAGGACAUGGGUUCAAUUCCCAACACCCACCUAGCAACUCACAGCUGUCUCUCCACAGGUAUCCGGGAGUCUGAGCGCUUUGGGACGCCGCCUGGCAGGGCCUCGAGCAUCACCAGAGCUGGAAAAGAGGAAGGCAGCAGCAACAGCAAGUACAGAGGCGGCCGGCUACCCCUGGGGAAGAUAGGAAGAGGCUUCAGCAGCAAAGAAGCUGAGUUUCACGACGACUAUGGCUCUCUUGAGAACGAGGACUGUGCGGACGACGACCUCCAAGGCAGGCCCGAGCAGUGCCGCCUGGAGGGAUACAAUAGCCUGGAGGUCACCAAUGUGUAAGGAAGCCUCGGGACUCAGCUACGAAAGCGGAGAGAGAAGAGCAGCCCCACGACCCAGUGCCGUCCAUCCCCACUGUACAGAGAGGCCUGGGACUGAGGGCAGAUGCCAGGACAGACUUCCCAGAGACAGCCGCCACUUCCAGUGGGCACCAAGAACCGAGAAUGCCCACCUAGGUGUCUUAUAUCUCUGAAGACAGGCCCCGAGGACACAUCACCCAGUCAUGACCCAGCAGGUGGCCCCGGUGCUGUGGCUCACGGAACAAACCGGAUGGUCCUGGCACUCUACCCUGAACUUCCAAGAAAGGGAGGAGUGUCAGUGCCAGGGCCUGGAACACCCUUCUGGGAGGAAACUGCCCCCUCCGCCCACCCAGCCUUGGCAGAGCCGGGGCAUUGAGAACCAGCUGCAAAGCCAGCCAGCAGUGGCCAGGUGGUGAAUGCCGCCCCUCAGCCCACUGGGCAGAGAACGUGAACUCUGACCUGGUCACUCACUCUGGAAGGAUGCAAAGUGGCACCGGCCUUCCUUCCACUUUAAGAGCACUGCAUCGUGAGGUAGACAUGUUGGGAGCAGGAGGGGAUCUCUGCAGGGCAGAGGGGCCUGGUGGCAGCAGCCCCAAAGGCUGCAGGCAUCCUGUCACCAGGAUGGAUGUGACUUUAAGAGUGUGUGUGGUGGUGGGGGUUACUGAGCUCUGUCCCCAAACAGCCAUUCCAAGCAUGGGCACAAAAUGGGGGAGUGCCUGCCAUUAACCCAACAAACCUCUGUUGUGACGUCACCUGAGACAGGUGUGCCCACCCAUGACCUAACAGGUUGCUGGGCUAUCCGGGCAAGGAGCUCCCAGCCCUAUUCUUGAUCUGCCACUAUUUUGUGUGUGGCUUUCUCCCAGUGGCCUCACCUCUCUGUGCCUCAGUGUCUUACCUAUAACACUUCUGGUUCCUCCCAAGGAAGCUGAGGAUUAACAUUUGCUAACAUUUGCCACAAGCUUUGAGCCUCUCAGGAAGCAGCUUAGAAUGGAUGGGAUGGGGAGGAACGGGAGGAACGAGCCUAGCAACUUCCAUCCACCACACGUGCGGACAAUGGAUGAGUUCGCUCCGUUUCCUGUUGGGUCCACAGCCAAGAGGACGGUGCAGAAUGUUUAACACUGAGAGCUUCCCAAAGCCCCCAGCAAGGCCUGGCUGGGAGAGCCAGCACUGCGGUGGCCCAGAGUCCUAUUGGGUGCAGCAUCCAGGCCUAAGCCCACUGGGCAGAGACUUUGCCUGUUGCCACGAGGGAGGACGGCAGUUGUACUCAGCACGGUUAUUCUGCACCAACUCUCUGAGGCCAUUUGCACCAGGAGUCCAAGAAAGGUUCAGAUUCCCAAAACUGACAGUGGGGUAGCCUCUGAGCCACCAAAGCCAGUUUUGUGCCAUGAUAUAAAGGACCACACACAGCCCAUGAACUUGAGAGCUGCUGGUCUCCAUGUUGAAGACAUCUCUCUAACUCAGCUUCUCUCAGGUUCUGCACCCUGGAGGGUUUAUAGCAUGCAUCCCCGCCUCUGGAAUCCCGAAGCCCCUGAGUCUGCAGCCCAGCAAGAGGAGGGAGGCCCUCUUCUAACUGAGGCCAAGUACCACUCUCAAACUGCAUCCCCAAAGGGUGGGCACAACUCCAGGACCCAGGAAUUCAUCAACAGCCUCUCUGGAAAGGUUGCCGGCUGUGCUGGCUCCUGAAGGGGAAGGCCUAGGUGCACUUUCCUCCUAAGGCGGGGUUCCUACGACAUCAGUAGGGCUCCUUCCUGGUGAACUCUGGGCUUCUGUCCCCGGCACCUCUGCCCGUCUCCAGCUACACGCAGUGGUCACUUCUAGCAGAUUCUCAGUCUUGACUCUUCAGUGCAGGAGGUUGUCACGUGAUAACAAGAUCCAGAAGCAGAGAGAAGGGGUUUCUUCUAAGCCUGGCCAGCAUGGGGCACUCAGAGCAGGCACCUCCUGCCAGCCACCCCCCAAAGAUGGAAGUCAUGAGGAUAGGCGGGGUCUUGGCAGGCGUGACUUUGGAUUUCACUGCAGGGGCAUGGGAAAGAUACAGCCCUGCUGGGACCAUACCACCUCUUCCCAGACAGUCACUCAUUCCCAAGGACUGCUUCACAGCAUUGGGGGGGGGGGAGUGCCUCCUGGGUGGUGGCAGCUUCUGGGUCUCAGUUUGGGAGAAGCCAGUGUGGAUAGUGACAAUGACCCUGAUCCAGGAAAGGUUUGUAAAUGCAAAGCAAAUGAGCCCUGAACGGCAGAACCCCCACACUUCCCCAGAGGGAAGUCUAACAAUGUAACAAUAAAUGCUUGGCCUUGCGGCCAC